AGCCUUUCUAUUUAACCCAAGACUAAAGACCCCAAAAAGCUUUGAUUUCUAGGCAAAGCUGAGAAAGGAACUUUUUUUUUUUGUUGUUGUUUGUGUGGUGCUAUAAAGGAAAAAGCUCCACACAUAGAGGCUGAGCCCAUGAACAAUGAAGCUGAGCUUGGUGCAGAGGUUGUCACUAAUAGUGAUAUUUUUCUCUGGGCUAUGGACUCAAGAGACACCAGGACCCAUGAGUUCAGAGUGCUUGGGGGACUUCCUGAGGAUAACACUGAGUGCAGAAUACUUUGAAGACAAAUACUUAUCUCUUUUUGUUGUUGAUCAGUCUGGCACAGCCUGGGAGCUGGAUGAGGCCAUGGCAGCCCAGUGUGGCUAUACAGUAACUCACACCACCUGCAGGAGCCUUCAGCUCCGUGCCUCUGCACUGAGCUGCCACUCUCACUUAGAGAAAGAUGUGUUCACAGUAACUGUACAAAUCAAAGCAUCUCACACUCCUGAUAUGAGCAAUGCUACAACUCAUCUGAAAAGUGCAAGUUGUCAUUAUGGUCUGUGGAGUCCCAGAGAGAUAAAAUGUGAAAAUAACUACAUGGAGGUUUCUGUCAGGAGGGAGAUUCCACAGACCAUAAAAGACUUUGUUCAAGAUGAACCCGAAGACUGGACUCUUGUAUUUCCAGAAGCAAAAGCAGAAGAAGCUUCACUAUGGCAAAUAGUAUUUCAUCAGCCAGAAGAAAAAAGGGCUCUGCUCGUGAGCAAUGCUUGGAGUGCAGGCUAUGGACUCAACGCCUCAGACUCCAGGGUUCUGCUGCGCGUGCCAUACACUGCUGCCCAAGUUCAGCUGAUCGAGGAUCAGGGAAUUACCUUUUCUGUGCUGAGAUCAAGUACAUUUUACAAAUACCGGUGGGUGAUCCUGAUGGUGGAUACUGCUGUGGCAUGUCCUGUAGAUGGUGUGGACUACACAAACAAAACUAUCACCUGGACUGUUCCGAAGUAUAUUCCACCACUGUCUGCUGGAAUGACUAGCCUUAAGGAUGUGCUUGUGGAAGCUGGCGUGGAUCUACACAGACUCUCUGCCAAGGAAAUGGCUUCCAGGAAAUAUGUGUUAUUGAAUGAAUUAACAACAAUUACAAUGAAGAUUCCAAUAGGUGCAAAAGGUGGUUAUUACAAGACUUCUGUGAGCAAUGGACAGCUUGGAGUAAAAUACACCAUCAACCUGCUCUUGGAACACCAGUGGGAAGAUAACAAAUGGGGACUAACAAAAUAUACUAUCAUCAAGGAAAUAGAAACACCAUUUGAACAAGAAGAAGUUGUUAUAACCAAUAAUUUAAAUCUGAGUGCAGGACUAAUGAAUGUUACAGUGGGAACAUUCCUCCCAGAUGCAGAGCUUGUGAACUUAACCAUUGAAGGAGUUAUUGUGGCUGCACCUGAAGCUGUUCAGCAUGGCUACCUAAUACACAGGACCAGCUAUGCUAAUGGAAGCAAAGCAUAUGUACUACAAGUCUCACUUGAUGCAUCAAGUGUUAAAAAAGAGUACACGGGAGAGGACAUGAGAGCCUACACCCUGAAUAUCACACUCACAUUCAUCACCUAUCCAUCACGUGAGACCUUUGUUGUCCCAGUAGUUGCACUGUCAGCUGUGAAAGAUGCAGUACUGCCCAGUGCCACGGGGUUUUGUGAUGGGAGGAACCUCCAACUCAUUAUCACUCGUGGGAAUGUGGACCAAAACUGGCUACCCUUCAUCUCAGACUGGCACCUGACCCAAGAGGCUGCACAGAAGUACAAUUACAUUCUGAGGGACAAUGGCACUCACCUGGCAAUCUCUGUCCCUUUCCUUUCUCCCCAUGUGAGCUAUGAGGGCUUUCAUACCUCUGCAAUAAAGGCUUCAUUCUACUUAACCUUGAAGGAUGACAUCACCUUGGCUCAGAGGAGAGAUUUCUCAGUUUCCUGCUUAUUUUCACCUUCAGAGCUAAUACAGUGCCUGCCCAAUGGCACUGUGAUUAUUACUGCAAUCAAACUGGUAGGUGGUGAAGAUCUGGAUACUGCUCUGCUUGUCUUGAGGGACAGACAGUGCAAGCCCAGUCUAGUGACAGAGAGAACUGCAACCUUCAAGUUCAAUGUCAACACUUGUGGAACAAGUAGAAAGUUCAACAGCACAACUGUGGCAUACGAAAACGAGGUAGUCUAUUUCAGACCUGGCGAUGAUAUUCCCAUAUACCAACUGAAAUUUCUCUGCUUGUAUGCAGUUGAGCAGACUGCUGAUGUUCCAUAUGAAUCUAAGAAGAACCCACCACCCAGUAUACAGCCAGGGUCUGGCUGUCUUGCCCUUUCAUUGAAGCUUUUCAAAGAGAAAUCCUAUUCAGAGCCCUACCAGGAAUCAGAAUAUCCUGUGGUAAAAUACCUGAGGGAGGCUCUGUAUUUUGAAGUUGAACUGCUCCAGCCUAAAGAUGCAAGACUGGACCUAAACCUGGAUGACUGUUGGGUUACCAAUUCCCAUAGCCAGGACAGCCUCCCCCAGUGGCACAUCCUUAAAAAUGGGUGUGAAAACAACAAAGACUCCUACAGAACUGUCUUCCAUGAAGUGAAUUACAGCCUCAGAGUAAAAUUUCCCCAGCACCUCAAGAGAUUUGAAGUGAGGAUGUUCACCUUUGUCCAGGGCACAUCUCUGUUACAAGAGCAGUUGUACUUCCACUGCAGUGUGGUGAUCUGCAAUACUAAGCAACAGCCUUUAGACCUCUUUUGUCCAAGGAGAUGCAAUCCUGGGAAACACAGAUUUGCCCACAGUGCACAUCCACAUGGGCAAGUGUCAUCUGGACCAGUGCUUCUUAGGAAGUAAAACAAUAAGGACAGGUGAAUGCACCACCUUCUGACACACGGAACAAGAACUACUUCAUUUUAUGAAGUCACAGUUAGGUGGCCUAAGCAACCACAGUGUGCUGCCCAGAUUCACAAGUAAAAUUGUUUCUGUGGUAUCUACUGGGAAAAUAGAUUAUCAGAGUCUAUGGAGAAAAGGGUCAGUUAACCCAUAUUGGGUGUUAACUUCUAAGUUAAAUUAUUGUAUUGUUCUUCUCUGUUCCUCUACAACAUUAAACUCUUGGUCUUUUGUGUGUUUAUCUG